CUGCCGCCCUGCCAGCCAGUUGGAGAGGAGCAUUAUCCCGUCAGAGCUAAGCUUCAUCAGAGUUUAGGAUUGUACUACUGAGUCAGAGUGUUGCUGUUCUUCCUCUUACCUGCUGCUCUCGGCAAAACAGUAUGGUUAACUGACUGGCUGACUGGGAACUUAUGGGAAACGAGUCUCUGCUUGAGUCACAGAGUUGGUGAAAUGGCCUUCCGCAGAUCUCCCUCCUCUACCUGUGCAGAGUCAUGGCCUAAUGGUGCAGGCUUCAAGCGAGCGGCCACAGUACUCAGCGAAUCUUCCUCGAUCCAUAGUGAUGCGCUGUGCUACCUGAAUAAGGACAUGUCCAGGAUUGGACUGGAACCCAUGUCCUACAGCACCCUGGAGCCUGGACCUUAUAGAGAAGAACCAUGGGCUGAGGAAUCACAAAGUCUGCUACAGGUCAUGGGAUCAACUUCAGGUCCUCAUGCCAUCGGAGAAGGCCUUUACUUCAGUGACGGCCGACGGAAAGUCGACUAUGUUCUGGUCUUUCAUCAGCGACGGCACACUUCGAUACGAUCUCCUGCUAGUGCCUCCGUUUCACAAGACCGGUUAUCUAUUGUUUCUAAUGGCAACUUUCCUUCAAUGGCGGCCUCAGAUGUGGCACCAGGUGGAGGUGGAAGUGGUGGUGGUGGUGGUGGUGGUGGUGGAGGCGGUGGCAUUCCAGGAGGGGAGGGUGCGGGCGCCAGCGAGGUGUUCAUGGAGCUUGGAGGAGCAGGAGAUGGCGAGCCAAUGGAGCCCGGUGACCAUGAGAUGCGUCUAAUCAGGCAGGAGUUUGAGGCUAACCUACUAGAGGCUGGUUUGGAGAUUGAGAGAGACAGAGAGUUAAAGAGCCAUGGCCCCAGCUUUACCAGAGUCCACGCACCAUGGCCAGUAUUAUGUCGAGAGGCCGAGUUUCUCAAGAUUAGAGUCCCCACCAAGACGAGUUAUGAGCUCAAAGAGGAAACUGGUUUCGGCUCCAGUAUGAGCACAGUGUGGAGAACGCUGACCAAGCCUUUCCAGCCUAAAGUACCACAUCAAGAUCAUGGACGCACCAAAUUUCUUUCACACUGCUUCUCCAGGGACAAGCUACACUUGUACAACAUCACAUCUAAAGACACUUUCUUUGACAAUGCUACAAGGGGCAGAAUAGUUUAUGAGAUCCUGAGACGGACGGUGUGUGCACGAACCUGUCAAACCAUAGGCAUCAGCACAUUGAUAGCUAAAGGCGUGUAUGACGCUGCCUUCCCUCUUCACGAUGGUGACUACAAGGUCAUCGGACACCUGGAGGAGAGGAACGACAGACAGGUUUUGCAUGAAGAGUGGGCUAGAUACUCAGCCUUUUACAAGUACCAACCCAUUGAUCUAGUCAGGAAGUACUUUGGUGAGAAGAUCGGCCUUUACUUUGCAUGGCUCGGCGUGUACACCCAGCUGCUUGUACCAGCUUCCAUAGUGGGUAUCAUUGUGUUUGGCUAUGGAGUGGCGACAAUGGACACUAAUAUACCAAGUCUGGAGAUGUGUGACCAGCGUCUCAAUUUCACCAUGUGUCCUCUGUGUGACCGAGCAUGUGACUUCUGGCAUCUCAGCACUGCCUGUGGAACCGCCAAAGCUUCACACCUCUUCGAUAACCCUGCCACUGUCUUCUUUGCCAUCUUCAUGUCUCUAUGGGCGGUGCUAUUUCUGGAACAGUGGAAGCGACGUCAGAUCAGUCUGAGCUUCAGCUGGGACUUGACAGGCAUCGAGGAGGAUGAGGAACACCCAAGGCCAAAAUAUGAGACCGUCCUCCUGCAGAAAAGACAGAAGAAGCAGAACAAUAAGAAAAAGAAGAAGAAAAAGAAUGAGCCAGCAAAGCAGGAGGACGGGACAGUGACAGGGAAGGACAGAUGGAGACAAAAACUACUGUCAGCCAUGUCUGCAGGAAUACCGGUAACCCCUCCUCUCCUUCCCCUGUCCUCUUCUUCCACCUGUCCUUUUCUUUUGUCCUUUUCUUUUCCCUCCUGCUCCCACCUUGCUUUCCCUAUCCUUUCUUUCCCCUCCUGCAGGCUGCUGUCUGUUCUUCUCUUCCUGUCCCAUCCUCUGGGUGCUACAGUUUCCACUUUACAGUCUCCUAUAGAGAAGCUGACCUGGAAAGAUCGCCUUCCCGGAUACUUGAUCAAUGUAUCCUCUAUUCUCUUCAUGUUUGCGCUGACAUUUUCUGCAGUUUUCGGCGUCAUCAUUUACCGCAUCACAAUCUCUGCGAUCAUGGCGAUGAGCCCUGACCCGGAGAUCAGGCACAAUGUUCGGGUGACAGUCACUGCCACUGCGGUCAUCAUCAACCUCGUGGUUAUCUUGAUUCUGGAUGAAAUCUACGGCGCUGUGGCAGUGUGGUUAACUGAGCUAGAGAUUCCUAAAACAGAAACCAACUUUGAAGAACGACUCAUCCUGAAAGCCUUCUUACUCAAGUUUAUGAACGCAUAUGCUCCCAUCUUUUACGUGGCUUUCUUCAAGGGACGGUUUGCUGGACGCCCGGGAAAUUAUGUGUAUGUGUUUAAUGAUUUUCGGAUGGAGGAGUGUGCUCCAGGAGGGUGCCUCAUUGAGUUGUGCAUUCAGCUCAGCAUCAUCAUGUUGGGGAAGCAACUAAUCCAGAACAACAUCUUUGAGAUUGGCAUCCCGAAAUUGAAGAAAUUGGUCCGUACAUUAAAGGAAAAAGAAACGACACCAAAGGCGAGGGAGGAAGAGAAGCCACCUCAGCAGUGGAACCUGGACUAUGCCCUGGCUCCCUUUGAAGGCCUCACUCCAGAAUACAUGGAGAUGAUCAUCCAGUUUGGUUUCGUCUCUCUGUUCGUGGCUUCUUUCCCGCUGGCUCCUCUCUUUGCCCUGCUGAACAAUAUCAUUGAGAUCAGAUUGGAUGCCAAGAAGUUUGUUACAGAGCUGCGCAGGCCAGUCGCUGCACGAGCUAAAGACAUUGGCAUUUGGUACAAUGUACUAAGUGGAAUGGGCAAGUUCUCAGUCAUUAUAAAUGCCUUUGUGAUCUCCUUUACAUCAGACUUCAUCCCUAGGCUCGUUUACGAGUACAUGUACAGUCCGACGGGCACCAUGCACGGCUUCAUUGACCACACGCUGUCCUACUUCAACGUGUCCGAUUUAAAACCUGGCACAGCACCACAGAACUCUGAGCUUGGAAACAUAACUUUAUGCCGGUAUAAAGACUACAGGGAACCCCCAUGGUCUCCAGACGCGUACCAGUUCUCCAAACAGUACUGGUGUGUCCUGGCUGCAAGGCUCGCCUUCGUCAUUCUGUUCCAGAACCUGGUGAUGUUCCUCAGCCUCGUGGUUGCCUGGGUGAUUCCUGAUGUUCCCAAAACCGUCGUGGAGCAGCUCAAAAGGGAAAAGAAGCUCCUGGUCGAUGUCUUUUUACAGGAGGAGAAGGAGAAAUUACAACUCAUCCAGAGCCUGUUUGCCAAGGAUGCCACCCUCCACCCCAGCGGCAACACGCUCCCCCCAGGGCAGGAUCUGCCGAUCCCGGGUCGCUACAGUACUUUACCAUCGGGGCCCACAGCUGGAGAGGACCGAGGAGGAGGAGGGCCAAGGGCAAGAUGCAGGGCAGCCAGUUUCAGCCAGUUCAACAGGAAUAUUGCCUCUUCGCCCAUGAAGGAAAACGAGAAUUCAAAACACACAGCGGUGUGAGAUGAAACACACGUUACGGGGGUGCUUCAGCUGGUUCUAUGGAUUGUCACUCGGGUGACUCGGUCCAUGUAUGUCUUUUCUGUGUCUUUUGUGUCCCGGUAUGUGUGGCUUACCUUUUGAACAUAAAGUUUAAAUUCACUGAUAUGUGAGUGGUUGACUCUGCAAUGUUCACAUUGAUUGACUAAAUGGUAUGAGCGUGUGUGUGUAUGUAUGUGUUGUUCCUACUCUCACUGACUGUUUACCUGAAAGAGUUGUCGUUUUUACUUUUUGGUCAAAAUAGUGAGGCAUACUAGCUUCAUAGCGUAGAGAAGCAAUAAUCAUCAUGUUAGGUUAAACAACUAAAUGUUGCAGGAACCUGGAAGAGGCUGGAGAUGAAGAGAGGACUAUGAACUAAUGGGUAGUCUUAAUAAGCAUUUAACCAACAUGAUUAAACUGACGGACAUUGUGGCUCCUCAUUAGGGCUGUCAAUAGUUUCCUGCUUUAUGUGCUUAUGCUAUUCAUGUAUUUUUGUUUACAGAAUUUGUAGCAUUUGAAAAAUACCACAUUUUCUGUACUCUUCUCUUUAGAAUUCAGGAAUAUACUUUGAACCCCUUUUUUCAGAAUUCACUAAAAUUGCCACUAAAGAUUCA